AUUUGCAUCCUCUGAACCCUUCGACUCUUUUCUCAAUCGCACCCAGACCAGCUCUAUCGCUUUCUCGCGAUCUUGCCACGUGUGAACCUCAGGACAUCACGGCCUUCAAGCUCAAGAGAGCCAAAGAAAACGAAAAGGCCGCGCUUGCUUGCGCGCCAUCCUGAAAGAUGGCUGCACCAAUAACCACAGUAUCCGACUUGAAACAGACCCAAGGACUCAACCUCAUCGCAGCGCAUUCACAUGUCCGCGGGCUUGGAGUAACACCAGACACCCUCACACCAAAGGCCUCUGGAGAUGGUCUGGUCGGACAACAGCAGGCGCGGAAAGCCGCCAGUGUGAUAUUGCAGAUGGUCAAGGAGGGCAAGAUCGCCGGUCGCGCUGUUCUGAUAUCGGGUCCUCCAAGCACAGGAAAGACAGCGAUUGCGAUAGGAAUGAGCAAGGGAUUGGGCGAGGAUGUGCCUUUCACCAUGCUGGCCUCCUCAGAGAUAUUCAGCUUGGAGAUGAGCAAGACCGAAGCGCUUGAGCAGGCCUUCCGCAAAUCAAUUGGCGUGCGGAUACGAGAGGAAAGCGAGGUGAUUGAGGGAGAAGUUGUCGAGAUUCAGAUCGAUCGCUCUGUGACUGGUAACAAUAAGAGCGGGAAACUGACGCUGAAAACUACCGACAUGGAGACACUUUACGAUAUGGGCACGCGCAUGAUUGAUAGCAUGACAAAAGAGAAGGUCAUGGCAGGCGACAUCAUCAGCAUAGACAAGGCAAGCGGCAGGAUAACGAAGCUAGGACGAAGCUACACCAGGAGUCGAGAUUACGAUGCCGUUGGCUCGGAUGCCAAGUUCAUCCAGUGUCCAGAUGGCGAGCUUCAGGUCCGACGGGAGACUGUCCACACCGUGUCGCUGCACGAGAUUGAUGUCAUCAACAGCAGAACGCAGGGCUUCCUUGCUCUGUUCUCCGGAGAUACUGGAGAGAUUCGGCAGGAGGUCAGAGAACAGAUCAACACAAAGGUUGCGGAAUGGAAGGAAGAAGGCAAAGCGGAGAUCGUGCCUGGUGUCCUGUUCAUCGACGAGGUGCACAUGCUUGACAUUGAAUGCUUCAGCUUCAUCAAUCGUGCUUUGGAAGAUGAGCUUGCACCGAUCGUCAUCAUGGCUUCGAAUCGCGGAUCAGCAACAAUCAGAGGCACAAACUACCGCAGUCCACAUGGUCUACCUCUCGACUUUCUCGAUCGCGUCGUCAUAAUCUCCACGAACCCAUACUCACCGGACGAAAUUCGAGACAUUCUCUCACUACGAGCGCAAGAAGAGGAAAUCGAUCUUUCGCCAGACGCUCUUGCACUUCUCACCAAGAUCGGCCAAGAGACAGGUCUUCGAUAUGCCAGCAAUCUCAUCACGACAUCGCAUCUGCUUUCGCAAAAGCGGAGAGCGAAGGAAGUCGAUGCAAACGAUGUUUCGCGAUCAUAUCAGCUUUUCUACGAUCCAGCUCGCAGCGUGAAGCUUGUCUCGGAACAAGCCGCGAGAUUUAUUGGCGAGGAUGGUGGUGUGACACUGGGUGCGAGCACGAACGGCGUGUCCAAUGGUGAUGCCAUGGAGGUUUCGUGAUCUUCGUGAGUAGGUGAGCAUAGCAAGGCGUAGAGGCGUUAGCGAUAACAGGAACCUAAAAAAGCGGGAAGUGAACCCGAGCUCGGCAUUUGGAAGAGAACUUGCCGACCCCACCCCGUGGUGAGCGCGAUUCUAUGCCACUGAUAUAUCAUGCAGAAAUAGCAAGAGUUGCGCGCUGUCGAGAUAGCCAUUCGAGAAGUCUGCAACGCAUCUUUGGAAAUUCAAUUUCAAACGAUCGAACUCU